UCCCACUCUCAAACUUCUCAUAUCAUUUUGUUCAUCACCAUCAAACCCCCUUCAUCAUCACCUUCUUGCAUGCUAAAUUUGUGGCCAUGAACUCCACCCAAAACCCACCUCAAGGCCUAACUCCAGAAGAAUACGUUGAACUCAAACCUCUGAUUGACACAUAUCACAGGUUUGACCCAAAACCAAACACGUGCACAUCUCUAAUAACGCAACGAAUCGAUGCUCCAGCUCAAGCGGUGUGGCCUUUUGUUCGAAGUUUCGACAAUCCCCAGAAAUACAAACACUUCAUCAAGGGUUGUAACAUGAAUGGUGACGGUGGAGUAGGGAGUAUAAGAGAGGUGACAGUAGUUUCAGGACUCCCGGCGUCAACCAGCACGGAGAGACUAGAGAUUGUGGAUGACGAGAAACAUAUACUGAGCUUUAGGGUUGUUGGAGGAGAGCAUAGGCUAAAAAAUUAUCGGUCUGUUACGUCAGUGAAUGAGUUUACUAAAGAUGGGAAAGUUUACACCAUUGUUUUGGAGUCUUAUACAGUCGAUAUACCAGAGGGAAAUACUGGGGAGGAUACAAAGAUGUUCGUGGAUACUGUUGUGAAGUUGAAUCUGCAAAAGCUUGGAGUUGUGGCAAUGGCUUCUCUUCAUGGACCAGCAGGACAUGAAUGAUAAUGGAGAUUAAUUAAUUAAUUACAAAGGUGGUUGCCGCCCGUAAGAUUCUCUCUAAAAUCUUAGUGGUUAGUUUGGUAUUUGCAUGUUGAAUUUUCUUGUUUUUAU